AUGGUAAACGACACAAUUAGUGAUAUGCUUACACGAUUACGCAAUGCGUAUCUUGCUGAUAAAGAACAAACUUCUUUAAAAGCAACUCGUGUAGUGAAAGAUAUUGCCCAAGUAUUAGUGCAAGAAGGUUUUCUUGGUCCAAUUGAACAAGAAGAAAAUGGGUUUUUCACCGUUAACUUAAAACGUGGUGUAAAACAAUUUGAACGCGUAAGUACUCCUGGAGUUCGUGUAUAUGCGAACCACAAACAACUCCAACCAGUAUUAAAUGGAAUGGGAGUAGCUGUCAUUUCUACAUCACAAGGAAUCAUGACUGACCGUAAAGCUCGCGCUUUAGGGAUUGGCGGUGAGGUUCUUUGUAAAAUUUGGUAG